GUGCAUAACCUUUCCAUUAACUGUAAGAUGUCGUGUAUUGAUGAUAAGCUAGAAGAAUUCAAAUAAUGUCGGAUUUAUAACGAUAAAACAAGGCGCACAGCUGCACGUAAUACUCGAAAAGAGGCGUGAUGCAGUAUAUAUAAAUAGAUAGAUGCUGCUGAUCACUAAGCAGGAUUGCAUUUAGAAAAGAAAAGUGAAUUUCCGGCUGUUGUACCUAAAGAUAACGACAGAUUAAGAUGACACUUCGUGCAAUUUAAACCUACACUGAAGUAAAAUUUUUAAGUUUAAAGAUGUAAAAAACACGAAGUAAACUGAUGUAACAUUCGAUACCGAACGUGGUCUUAACAUUUUGGAUAACGUUGGUUCAAUAAUUUCCUGUAAAAAUCAUGGCUACUCCGUUGUAUGAUCCUAAAUUAUCAGCAGGCAAAUUCAAGAAUUGGAUUAAGGCUGGAUUAGCUGUGUUAUUUACCAAAGAAGGUAUUGAGCCUUUUGUUUAUGAUGAAAUUAAACAGUUCCAGCAGAAAUGUUUGAGUGGCAUUUGCAACAACAAUGGGCUUCCUGCUGGUACCACGUGUUCUAGUUGUUGCACAGAAAAUGUUGUUGUUUGUCCCACGAAUAGAAUUUGUAACGUAGGGAGAGGGAAAUGUAGCUUCCAUAGAAAUUCUGCCACGCAAUAUCUCCCGUUUGGCUGCCCUAACAAGAUCUGUCAUAAUUUCAAAAGCGAGAUCCAGCGUGCCCAUCGAUAUUACGGCCCAUCCUAUAAAAACACUGAUGCUACCCAGUGGUGCAGCAAUCCAUGGGAAGUUGCUAAAUGUUUCAUGCCACCUGAUGGAUACAAGGAUGCGACGAAUGCGGCAGAGACAGAUUUCAAUGGAAUCAUCACUGUUAUCCUAACAUAUGAAGCGUUUCAAACGAAAAUUUACGACGAUCUUUCAAAACCAUACAACAUCUUUGAACAGGGUAGAGAGGUAGCCAAAGCAGUUCGCCAUUCCCCAUGUUUAGAGGUAGAAGAUACAGAUCUACAACAUUAUUUUAGUAUCUUACAGAAGCUGCUUUCAGAUCCUGCAUAUUUGUCUGCCAAUACCAAUGCGCAGAAUGCUAAAACGAAAUUAUUACAGCUUCAAAACGAUACUUUGGUCAUUGGCACAGACGUUGUCCGGAAAGUACUGGAUAGUGUUGCCAAGGCAGUUCAAGAUGAAAUCGGGACUGAAAUGAAUGUACACAAGAAGGAAGCCGAAAAGAAAAAACUAGAACUGAUCAAAAUCACAAGAACGUAUAUUAAGGUCAUUAACAAGCAAGGGAAAGUAUCAAUGGCUCAACUAGAUAAAGCAUUACAAUCUGCAAACGAUGAAAUAGAAAAGCAAAGAAGGAAAUCGGUUAAAAUAAUACAAGCUGAAGCACAAAAACAACUGAAGAUAUUUAUAGCAGAAACAGAUACUUUGAAAGAAAUUGUAACGGAGCAGGUAAACGAAUUAGUUCAAAGAAUGGAAGUUGAUGCUUGGGACAAAAGAGUUUUAUCAGAAAAUAAAAAUGCUAAGAGAAAGAUAAAGGAAGAGACCAAUGAAGAAGUUAAGAGGUUUAAAACAGAGGCUAAUGCUAGAGCAAACACGUUAGAAACGGAAGCCAAUGAUAACAUAAAAACAGUUGCAUCAGAAGCUUGGAAAUCUGUAAAACAAAUAGAAGAAGCCAAAAAUAGGGAUGUGAAAGAAAUACCACCGGAAUUAGUUGCCGGAAGAAAAUUGCUAGCAUCAGAAGCUGAUAUUGCUACGAAACAGGUAGAAUACUAUGCUGUUAAAGGGGUAAUCAAGUUGGAAGUCGAAAACGAAACUGGAGUGAAACAGAUAGAAGAAUCUGCUGAUGAUGUGGUUAACAAGUUAGAAGUCGAGACCGAAGCUGGAGUGAAACAGAUAGAAAAAACUGCUGAUAAAGGGGUUAAAAAAUUGGAAGUCAAAGCUGAAGCUGGAGUGAAACAGAUAAUUUCAAACACUGAUGAUGCAAUAAAGCAGAUUGGGGAAUCAACAACAGCAAACAAAGAAGAUAAAUACAACAUGAUCAAAGAAGAUCCUGGGUUCAGUGUCAGAAAGACGAAACCGACUAUCCUUACUCUGCAUGAAAUUAUAGAUAAUAAAACGAGUCAGUGGGGGCAAAAUACUGGAAGAGUGGAGGAUGCCCAGGCAUUGAACAGGGAUGGACUACUUCCGAACGUACCCGAAGUCUCAGACCGUGUUUUUCCUUUAAAAUGUUCAUGGGAAAAUGUUAGAACUGUGGAGGAGGCCCGGGUAUUAAUCAGUGACGGAGUACUUCCUAACGAGCAUGGACUCUCGGAACUUGUUCAUCGUUUGGGCAGGAAAUCUGAUAUAGUAAAGUUGUUAUGUAAAAGCAUUUGUAAGAAAAUUGAAGUUGCGUCACCAGCCUUUACACAUGUAUUUGCUGCGUAUGCGCUAGCAAAUCAAGAUAAGUUGCAUUUUGUAGUAUUGUUGGAAAAUGAAUCAAGUUCCGAUGUGAACUUAGAUUAUGAGAUCUUGUUUAGAAGUGGCAAGGGAGAUGAGAAAACAGAACAUGAACAUAUGACAAAAGAAUCUGAAGGUGAACUUUUAGCGGAUGAAUCGACGGCUGUAAGGAAUACAAUCAAUACAAUUUCGAAGCAGUAUAUGGAAAAUCAUAAGUACUUGAGCGCUAUAACUGCUAGAAAAAUCUGUUUGAAUGGAAGAGAAAAACUUUGUAUUCUUAUGUACGUUCAUCCUUGCACAGACAGAUAUUCUAGCAUUCCAUACACAGAGGAACCUUUACCGACUGAAAUCCAAGGUUAUAAAGUAGUUGUUCGUAAUGGAGUGUUCAAAACAGCUACAAAAACAGCUACUGAAUAUCAUGAUAAUUUACGUAUGGGAUGUCAAAUAACUUCAAACCUCGUGGACAGUUUUGGAACUUUAGGUGGGUUUAUUGAUCAUUCUGAAUAUGGACUUUGUGGAUUCACAUGUGCCCAUGUCGUGUGCAGUUCUGCACAAAUGAUAAAACUAAAGAGAACCAAACGACUUAAAUGGUCUACCUCAGAAGAUCCAUGUUUAGUAUACCAGCCUACAAAAAAUACCAUUCCCGUAGGACGUGUUGUUGAGACAGUCUACACUGAGGGUGGUGACUCUGGUUCGGCUGGCGUUGAUCUAGCUCUUUUUCAGAUAGAGAACCGUCCUCCAGUUUCAGGAACUUCUCCGUGUUGCAGUUCAAAUGAGAAACUACAAUAUGUUACGGGUAAAACCUGGGGAAGAUCACGAAUAAUACACAGUGCAUGCGAAGUACAAAAGUUCGGGGUUGUAACAGGUAUUACGCAAGGAAAUGUCAGGUUUGACGGCAUGUCUGUAAGAGAACUUUCCUUUGUCACAAAAAGUGCUCUUCACAGUGUAGAUACCAUACUUUAUAAUCAGUAUGAAAUUGUAAAUGAUACAAGAAACUUUUCCGAACAGGGAGAUUCUGGAGGAUUAGUGUUCAUGAAAGACUGUACGAAUGAGUUAAUGUGUAUAGGAAUGGUUAACGGAGUUCUUGAUACAAUCAACCCGUUUCAUGGAGUUGUUACACCUAUUACAGAAAUACUUCGAGAACUGAAUGCGCUGAAUUUGAAGCCUUUUAGAAACGAGGUGAAGUUAGAUAAUUUAGAAAAUAAGAUAUCUGUUCAAAUGCAGAAUGACUUCCAGAUAAUGCAGUCUCUUAUUAGAGAAAGUGUUUCCACGGUAGCACGAGAUAUGUUUGCAAAAAUGAUGGAAGAAGUCAAAACGACAGUUAAAAGCGAAGUCCAAUCAUCUAUGUCACAGAUGUAUACAUUGCUUCAAAAACAAACAUCAGACAGUAACAAAAACACUGCCACAAACAAUUGUGAUGGUAAGCACUAAAAAUUUGGGAAAUAUAAACUAAACGUAAUCGAACAAAUUCAUUAAUGUUUUCAAGUUGACUAGUUCCGAGUUCCUUUUUAAUAUUUCGAUAAGGAUUUGUAAGCGAGCAACAAUUUAUACGUUUUGAAACAAAAACAACAAGGAAAAAAACCCACAAAAACGUUUAAUAUAAGUUAAUCUGAACGCGGUUAGACUGAAAAGAUUUUGGUUUUGCGCCAGUGGACUAGACAAAACUCCCCAGUGGUGUUUUGCAGUUGAUCAUUUCAAGGCGGUGCCCCGCUGUUUUUGUGUGUCUGUUUCUUACUUCUGUGUUAUUAUGAUUACAUUCAAUUGUGUUAAUGAGUAUAUGUGCUCAUCCGCUGUGCACCUGUAUACAUUUACCUAUACCUAAUUUCAAUGUGGAGUGCUGUAUAGAUGGCUGCGUUCUUUGAAUGUGCAUGAUGUAAUUUCUACAGAUUAGCUGUUAAUAUGUUACAUUUAAACAAAAUUAAAAUAACAUAU